AUGCAACCGACGACAAUGCUUCCGAAGUUAUCAGAUACAACUCAAACUAUAUCAUUCUCUGAGGGCGAUGGAGUGUGCAGCUCUGAGGUGUAUGCAUCAGAUGUUAUUGUCACUACAAAUGCUGGCAGCCACAAUCAUGGGAGCUCAAAAGUUAAACUUAAAAAUCUUGUUGACUAUAAUUGGGAGCCCAAGUUUUACCCUGGUCAGCUACUAGCAGUACAUAUAAGUGGCAAAUAUUUGGCUUAUUCAAUAAAAGCACCCAACCCAGCUAAUCCUGGCACUUGGAAUGGUAUGGUGCGUGUGGUUUAUAGUCCUGAACCUGGUACAGACAGGCGGACUCUUAUAAAAGGAAUGAAGGGAGAGGUUCAAGACCUAGCUUUCGCCCACAUUCAAAAUCAAGUGGUACUGGCGUGUAUUGAUGAACUGGGAAAUUUCUAUGUUCAUGAAAUAGAGCCCACUGAAAGCGGUCUCAAUGUCAACUUGGUGCUAGAAGUAUGGGAGGACACUGGCGUAGAAGGGACUACACAUCGUGUUGUGUGGUGCCCAUACAUUCCUGAUGAAGAGGAUGACACUCCUGAUGAUGAUGUGGCUAGACUGUUGCUCACCACCCAUGGCAAUCGCGCAUGUGGAACGUGCGCGCGGUGUGCUCGGGUGCGGGCGAGGGUGCUGGGGGGUUGCGCGGUGGGCGCGGUGAGCGCGCUGGCGGGGCGCGGCGCGCGCACGGCCGGCGAACAUGCGGCGCCGGGGCUGGCGGCCGCCUUCUCGCCCGACGGCACCGCGCUCGCCACCGCCGCCGCGAACGGAUACGUCAUGUUCUUCCAGGUACGUACACUUAAGCGCGGGUGCGAGCACGCGGCGCCGGUGCAGGCGGCCACCUUCUCGCCAGACGGCACCGCGCUCGCCACCGCCGCCGCGGACGGGUACGUCAUGUUCUUCCAGGUACGUACACUUAAGCGCGGGUGCGAGCACGCGGCGCCGGUGCUGGCGGCCGCCUUCUCGCCCGACGGCACCGCGCUCGCCACCGCCGCCGCGAACGGAUACGUCAUGUUCUUCCAGGUACGUACACUUAAGCGCGGGUGCGAGCACGCGGCGCCGGUGCAGGCGGCCACCUUCUCGCCAGACGGCACCGCGCUCGCCACCGCCGCCGCGGACGGAUACGUCAUGUUCUUCCAGGUACGUACACUAAAGCGCGGGUGCGAGCACGCGGCGCCGGUGGUGGCGGCCACCUUCUCGCCCGACGGCACCGCGCUCGCUACCGUCGCCGCGGACGGAUACGUCAUGUUCAUCCAGGUACGUACAUUUAAGCGCGGGUGCGAGCACGCGGCACCGGUGCUGGCGAGCGCCUUCUCGCCCGACGGCACCGCGCUCGCCACCGCCGCCGCGGACGGAUACGUCAUGUUCUUCCAGGUACGUACACUAAAGCGCGGGUGCGAGCACGCGGCGCCGGUGGUGGCGGCCACCUUCUCGCCCGACGGCACCGCGCUCGCCGCCGCCGCCGCGUACGGAUACGUCAUGUUCUUCCAGGUACGUACACUUAAGCGCGGGUGCGAGCACGCGGCGCCGGUGCAGGCGGCCAUCUUCUCGCCCGACGGCACCGCGCUCGCCACCGCCGCCGCGUAUGGAUACGUCAUGUUCUUCCAGGUACGUACACUAAAGCGCGGAUGCGAGCACGCGGCGCCGGUGCAGGCGGCCGCCUUCUCUCCAGACGGCACCGCGCUCGCCACCGCCGCCGCGGACGGAUACGUCAUGUUCUUCCAGGUGUACAUGGACAAUGACAGCAACCCCAGAUGCCUUCACAAAUGGCAGCCUCAUGGUGGCAAACCGCUCAGUUGUCUGUUCUUCCUUGAUAACCACAAGAAUUACAAUACAGAUGUACAAUUCUGGAAGUUCGCAGUAACAGGCGCCGAAAACAACGCCUUAAUCAAGAUCUGGUCCUGCAAAUCCUGGAAUUGUUUGCAAAGCAUCACCUUUUCCCCAGCCCCAGGCGCUGAACCUGCAGGGCUUGGUCUCAAGGCCAUGUUGGACACCAGCGCUAAUUAUCUGCUGCUGUCUGACUUUAAGUCUCGGAGUCUAUAUGUGCUGAAUAUGGCGAGAGAUGCCGAUGACUCAAUGGCUUACUGCAAAAGUAUAUCAGAAUUUUUGCUGCCAUAUCCAGUGCUCAGUUUUUGUAUUGUAGAUGCUGAGGAGGAGGAAGUGAAAUGCGAGUCCAGCUGUGAUGAUCCCUUCCACCAACGCAACGGUUCCAGUGGUGAUGUUCGGGACUCACCUGACGCCUUUGAGUUGAAUCAAGAUGAGGACACGGGCGAGUGUGCGGGUGGCGGGCGGCGCGUGUGCGUGCGGCUGUACAUCGUGCAGCCGCGCGGCCUGCAGGAGGGAGAGCUGGCGUACGCGCCGCCCGCGCCGCAGUCCCGCCCUGACCCCGAUCCCAUGCGAGGUUUGGAAGAAUUGACCCUUGAGGAUACUGAAGAAGAGGUUUCAACUGCAGCAAUACCCUCCAGCAUUCUACAACAACAAAGCCAACAGCUGAAAAACCUGCUCAUGAGGAGUCAGACACAGCCGGGCAGUUUGAUCAGUCAACGUGCCGAGUCGCCGCCUCCCAUACCGCCGCAGUUGAAUCUCAUGACGCCUGACGCUUUCAGCUCUCCUGGCAAACGCGAUGAAGAGGACCCCCCCCUGUCAGCCACACCUGAUGUUGCCAACAAACCGCGAACAUCCACUAGCGGGCAAGAGGAUGUAGUGGCAGUGGCAGGUGAGGUGAAACCGCCGUCAGGGGGUUCGAGUCCCAGCCGUGAGGUGCAACAGAUUAUGUCGCAUAACGACCAACCGUAUUACAAAGACGAAAUGGAGGAGGGUGAGUCGAGUCAGACGGCGGUGAUUGGGAAGCAGGCGGCGGUGCCGAACGGCGGCGACUCUCUGUUCGCGACCGAGCUGUACGUCGCUCCAGAGAAACACUCACCGCCGGCCAAACUCACGCACACCAGUGAGUUAACGACGUUUUCUAAUAUACUACUUUCACUAAGAGCUAGCAUUACAGUGGUUAAGCUUUUCUCCACUGUACAUACGACGUUUUCUAAUUAA